UUAAAACCAAAAUCUAAUUGCCUUAAUUAUAAAUCGCAUGUAGAUGUUUGUAUAGUUGAUACACAUUAAUUUCUAAGAAAUUUUAUACAAUUACAGACUUCAACGCACUGAAUGAGGGGAAUUACGCUCUUCUUUUAAAUGAAAACCAGACUACACACAGUAGUGACUCACGUCCGUUGCGUAGAAAUUCAGUACGAGAAAUAAAAUAUUUGCGUUUCAAUUAUUUUUCGGUUUGUUUUUCAUGUAGUAGUUUCAGGAUCGAUCGGUCGCGUUGUUGAACUGCGUCAGUUCAACCUGAAAAACUGUUAAGAUGGGGUUAAAGAGGUUUUACGUGAAAUGGAAGAACAUCCUGCUUCAGGAGCAUGACAACAGUUUCUUCGAGAAGUUCGGAUCUUUGCUGGCCGAGCACAACGAGAACUCGAGCACGUUGGAGAACCUGGAAAAGAUUAAGCUAGCAGAAGCAGCCGCGGAAGCGAUCAAACCGAUACCGGAGGAAAGUGAAGACGAUGAUAGCGGAGUCGAGGAUGGUCAGAGCACGGCCACAGCCACCUCUGAAGCCACCUCUGAUUCGGAUACGGAGAAGGAGACGGAACCGGAGGACUACAUCGCAGUCGUAUGGAAUAUCGACGAGCUGUACUCCGAAAUACUCUACCAGACCCUGCACAAUGUCGGAUGCGACGAGUCUUGCGAGUUCGGACAGGAGGAACUUUUCCAUUAUCUGCAAGACGCCUUCAAAAUAUCUCCAAACAAACACCAGGAGCUUUUGGAAGAGGCCAAAAGUAAGGAGGCCCCUGAAAUACAUCUCAACGUCGAGGUCAUCGAAGCCAAAGACUUACGUUCCAAAGACUCCAAUGGACUCAGUGAUCCAUUUGUCACGUUGUUUUUGGCUUCAAACGCUCAGCACAGAUACACAACCUCCGUGAAGAGCGCAACAUUAAACCCAACCUGGGAAGAACAUUUUGCUUUACCAGUCAGUGAGAAUUCCGAAGAUACUCUAUGCUUAGAAGUUUGGGAUUUUGAUGCCGCAGAGAGUGUGAGAGAGAAAUUUGGCAAGUUCUUCGAAGUGAAAGGUGUAAAGGGAAUCAGGAAGCUGGUGAAGGAAAUAGCCAUCACCGCAGCGACUGGACAACAUGAAAACGAAUUAAUCGGAAGGGCUAAGAUUCCUUUGAACGCUAUUCCCGUUACUGGAAUGACCAUGUGGUAUAGCUUAGAUAAGAAGCACAAGAUUAAUAGGCAGGGUGUUUUGAAGGUGCGUCUGAACUUCAGUUCUGAGAAGAAUAGUCAAGUUGCGGCGCAGGAGCACCGGCAUUUACUUAGGCUAUUACUUGUACACGAGCUUGAGCAUUCUAAAGUUGCACCUUACUGGUGGUCAGGAACUUUCAGCGGUAAGGCCAACACCUUCCUCAGUCAGCAUAUAGCACAGAGCGGACUUCAACCUAUAGACGUCGCCCUAUCUCAAUACGCCGUCUUCGUCGCCAUCCAUCAAAAUCAUCCGUUGAGCUUCAAUCUCUUCUCCAAUCUUCUCGAAAAAUUGAUUAAGCCUGUGCAGUCGCAGAUUCCGUGCGAUGAAGAUCUGAAAAUUUUCUGGGACGCUACCAAAAAGCUUUUGCCUUCAGUCUUCGCCGUGAUCAGAAAGCUUAGAAGGAAGUGCUCGAACGAGAAGACCGCCAUGAAGCAGCUGAUCGAAGUAUUGGAAUGUGUUUCGAAAGUAUCCAUGCUGGAACCUCCAGAAGGAACGAAUCUGUUUCCAGAAAAGUUAUACCAAUGGAUGAACGCCUCCGACGGGUGGGAUAUUAGGAAUACACUGACUCAAGCGGUGGAGAGAGGCGCAGAAGAUUGGUUCUGUCAUAUAUUGGAGAAUAGUCCUAGGAGCGAUGAUUCCGACAUCGGAAAGCUCCAGCACCUCAUAAAAAUCACGCAGCUCAUACGCACCGAUCUGCAGCGAGCCACCGAGUUUUACGAUAAAAUUUUCAAAAAUAUCGUUAACUUUCCUUACGCCAAAUCGCUCUAUAUGAUUUACCAAGUGAAAAUCGCCACCAUGGCCGAACCAGAAGUCCUUCAUAUUUGCAAAUCACUAAAGAGGCUUUCCUUUCAUGGCUUCGAACCGGCUGCCGAAGAAUCAACAGAGCCCUUAACGGUUGGCACCAGUCUUUUCGAGCUGUACUUAGUACUACAAAGAUUCGUAAUUUUGGGAUCUGGGCUAUGUCCUUUAGAGGUCGAUACCUUCCAUAUCCGAAACUUUUAUAGCUGGUUCUAUUCAGGAGUGGCACAGUGGCUGGAUAUUGCCGUAUUCAAAGCUUUAACGCGCAUUGAGAAAGCCGUUGAAUUGGAUACAUUGAAUCCGGUGGACGCGACACUAAAGUACAGUUCUUCGGCUGUCGACACGUUAACAAUCUUCUAUCAGAUCAAAGUGUUUUGGGAGCAACUGAAUUGGCCAGAUGUUGAAGGAAGUUACACAUUCAUCGCGAAAAUAAUUGACGAUAUUUGCAAAUGUAGCGUGUACUACGCCGAUAAAAUGUCUGCGCGUGUGGAAGGAAUGGGCGAUAUUAGAAACGUUUACGAGCAGAAGUUCGAAGUUACCAGUGAAUGGUGUUUGGCAAUAAAUAAUAUUGAUUACGUGCGAAAAUCCCUGCAGCCCUUUACCGAGGAGUUGGGCAAGGACGCCGUGACGCAAAAGUUAUCCGACCUGAGGAGUCCCUUGGAAGCAGAAAGGUGUCGAAGAACGUUGGACACGGUCAUCGACAAUGCGAUAGAUACAGUAAAAAAUAAGAUCAUCGAAUUGCUGGAGACCGUCGUUGAUAAAAUGUGUCCGUCCAUGAAGAGGCUCUUGGUCGAAGGCGCAGAACUCUACAAUCAAGAUAACAAUAGCAUAGAUCGCGUUUUAAGGUAUCUAGACAACAAUCUGGCUACACUUCACGAAGAACUCAACGAAGAGAACUUCAACAAAACUCUCGAUAUUAUUUGGGCGCAGCUCGCGACAAUCCUCGAAGAAUUGAUCCAGUCUAAUUUAGAAAAAAGAAGACCGCCCUCAUUCUUCGCGAAUUUACACGAAACACUAAAGAUAAUGAUCAAAUCAUUCAAGUGUUCAGAGGAUUCCUCAUGCAUAGAAUUGGCUCGAAUUCAGAAGUUGCUUCAGUUGAACGGCUUCGAAACUUCAGAUCUCAUCCAUCAGAUCCACUUGGACCUUUACAACGAGCAGGAGGAACUCGUUGAAAGCCAAUACGGUGAACUUACAGUCCGCAUCAAAUUCCACAACAGCGAUAUGCACGUGGAAAUGAUCAAUGCACGAAAUCUCAUUGCAAUGGAUUCCAAUGGAUUGUGCGAUUCAUUCGUACGUGUCCAUUUGCUUCCAGAAGAAAAAUUCAUCGGAAUUUCGAAGCCCAAAACUCAGACGCAUUACAAAAACAAAUUUCCGCUAUACGAUGAAAAAUUCCAAAUUGUGAUUUCGUCCGAGCAGCAGAAUCUCUCUGAUGGUUUGGUGAUGUUCAGUGUCAAAGAUUCGAAUCUAAUGGGCUACAAUAAUCAGUAUAUCGGAGAAGCUUUCGUUCCUUUCAAAAACAUACCAAAAACAACAGACGAUUUCGAUACUCUACCACAGAUACGGUUGCAACUCAUUCGACCCGCCAACUUAAAUACAGAAGCUAUUAAAGCCAUAGAGUACAGACUUGGGGAUAAACAGGCUAAGGAAUUUAUGAAGAAGUUUAAGCAAAGGAUGGGUAAUGCGAACGGGGCCAACUAAUCGUUUCCUUAAUCCAAUUAAUUACACAAGACUGCUCCUAAUUAUUUUUGUUCAUAUACUAUAUAUGUUAUAGAGAGAGAUGAUUAUUUUUAUUUUAU